AUGCCUGUCGCAAGCAUGACCGUCCCCCCGAUGGCCGCUGCAUCAACCACCAUUCGCAAAUCGUCCAUCGCGCCAGAGAAGAAAUACAAGUGCCAGUUUUGCAACAGAGCAUUCAGCAGGAGUGAACAUCGGAGUAGACACGAGAGAUCACAUACCAAAGAACGCCCUUUCAAGUGCAUGAAGUGUAGAAGUACCUUUGUGCGACGAGAUUUAUUGCUUCGACAUGAUCGGACUGUGCACGCCAAAGACGGAGGAAUCCCUCUUCACAGCGACAUCAAGCGACGGGCGGGCCCAAAGACCAGCUCUCUUUCUGGUCCAUCAAAGUCCGCUAUUUCUAUCGACGCGUCUGCUCUUGAGCAGAUCGAGGCGAGCAGUGAUGGCAUGGUGGAUCUCGAGACGGCCGCGAUGUUGAUGACCGACCUCCACCACAAAGCAACGGCAGCGAUGCGGUCUGCGGGCGUGGGCCCAUAUGAGAAUCGACCUGGAAUGGCUUUCUCUCAGAACGGAACCCCGCUCAUGGAACCAUCUGUCACGUAUCCUUCAGGCGCGAUCUCGCUCCCUCAGGUUCCGUGGGAAUUCAUGCCACAGUCAGUGACGGAGCCAAAGUCUCACUCCAUCACUUCCAAUGCUUCCGGGUCUCAAGAAUCACAUGCAUCUUUCACAAGCGCCAGCUCGAUGUUACAUCCAAAUCAGCUGCCUCCAAUUCAGAAAUCGGCUGCCACCUACAAUGGACUCGUACCAGCUCUACAGCAUAUGAUCAACUCAUUGCCACCAUCAGGUACCGCGACUCCAAGCGCACAGUCUCCCAUUCAAUCCCGCAGCGGAGAUCCAUCUCUCAAGGCGCCUCAAGUGAUGAAUGAUGACGAUCGGAACACCAUUCUGGACAACAUUCGUAACAAUGAUAGCGAGCGCGCAAUCCCUGAGAGCUUCCGUCUUCCUGGCAUCGCGUCUUUGAACAGGUAUCUCUCGACCUACUUCACGUUGUUCCACCACCAUUUGCCAUUCUUGCAUCCGGCAUCAUUCCAGCCUACUCAGGUAUCUGCGCCGUUACUAUUGGCUGUUUUGUCAAUUGGUGCGCUGUAUGCAUUUGACCAAGAUCAGGCCUACGUUCUUCACAUUGGAUCCAAAGUCCUUGUUAAUCAGUUCUUGCAGAACAAGGAGAACUUCAGCUCCCGUAAAUGUCCCUUGUGGACCAUGCAAAGUUCUCUGCUCAACAUGAUCUUUGCCAGCUGGAGUGGAGAUCCAAAAGGACUCGAAUGGGCUUGUUCGAUCAAAAGUUUACUCGCCAACAUGGUCGCUGGUAACAGAUAUGAGCUCAAACUUCGAACAGAAGCUCGUGAGGGUGCAUCUCCUACUCGGGCUGAGUGGGUUGAAGACGAGGGGUGCAGACGAACAUACUACGCUGUCUACAUCUUCUUCGGACUCUUGACAUUGACGUACAAUCACACACCUGCCAUCAGCUUCAACGAAUUUGAGGAUCUUGCUCUUCCAUCUACCGAAGCCAUGUGGAACCUCAAUGUAGUUGACGAAGCGACCUGGGCUGAGGAUCUCCGAUCUUCGCAGGCCGCAUCCUUCAUGGAGGCUCAUGACAACCUUUUCCAAGGUGAAUCACUACGUUACAGCGCCUUUGCCACACGUGUGAUGAUCAAUGCUCUCUUCCUCGAAGUCUGGUAUCACAAGCGCAGCCCCGAAGCGUUGCAAGAUGUUGUGACCGAAUACAAGUUGCGCCUCGCAUUGGAGACGUGGGAAAAAUCGCUUGAUCUUUGUGAGCCUGAGGCGGUCUCGGUUCCUCUCAGUGCGCCACAUAAAGGUCACCCACUAAUUUUCAAUGCCAUGGCCAUGUUCCGCAAUGCUCGUGCCCGGCUUGAAGUUGACCUGAAGUCGAUCCAAGAAGCUUUGAGGUACCAUGAUUCUUACGAAGUAGCUGGAGCGAUGUCAAGUGCCAGAGACAAGGUUAAGCGAUCCAGUGAGAUGAUCAAAGUCAUCCAGGAAUGCUUUAAUUGCAUCGAGACAGCUGCCCUCCAAGGCAUUCGAUGGGUUGCACGAACUUCAGCUACCAACUGGAGUGUCGAACAUCCACUUUGUGGUUUGGACCUCAUGGUCAUCCUCAGCUUGUGGCUCUAUCGUCUGGAACAUGACGAAGAGCCAGCAACUGAGGAGGAAAUGACCAUGUACAACAAGAUUCGAGCACUCUUCGAUGACGACUCACUUUCCGGGUCUGACAACAAACUCAGCUCUACUGUUGCCCGCCUCUGGGGUAGCAUGCUUGAUGAAGUUGUUGUGUGGGGAAUCACUAAACUCAUGGGCGAUUCUUUCCGCCUCCAUGCUCAAGCACUUGUUGGUUACGAAGAUGACAUCGAAGCUUCAGAUGUCUCAACACCUUCAAUGAUCUCCCAAGGCGCUGAGGAGGUAGACGAUAGCGUCUACUAA